UCCCUGAAAUAGGAGGAGCCCAAAUCGUAAUUAUCGAUCUCUCUUCAGAUCAUAGAUCAAUAGCUACCCGACAUGAAAGACAUUCAAGGGAUCAUGAGAGGGAAGUGUAACUUCUGUGACGAAUGUGAGGAGUACAUAGCACCGAAGGAAGGUGCCCGCUGUGACUAUUGUAAUCACACGCCGAUAGAACACGUUAGAAUUAUAAAGUUGGGUGCCUGUAAAAAAUGUUCAAGUGACGAAUGUUCUGAAUACAUAUCCGGGGAGAAAAAAAGCUACACUGAUUGUCAAUACUGUGGUUGUAAAGCUAUGGAUCAUGCCGGAGCGGAAAAACUUAGGAAAAAGGCCCCUGCAGCUAGUGCGACAGUUUCUACCACUCCAAGUGACCGCUCACAAAGUGACCGCUCACAAAGUGACAAAUGUAAGAACCCAGGUUGUACACGUCAACGUUACACAGAGAAAGGUGGUAAAAAGCAUGACUUCUGUGGACGAACUUGUGCUACCAAGUACCAGGAAACUCACAGCGGGUCAGGACCCUCACUUCAUGCAGUAGCUUCAGGAUUUCAGAUGCCAUUGUCAACUCCUAAGUCAACACCACCAUACAAGUACAGACCAGCUGAAGCCACACCUCUGACUGGUGGAAAACUUUGUGCUAAAUGUGGCCUUCGUUCAGCUAAUGAAGGUUACGUUUGGUGCCAGAAUUGUUUUGAGAGCUCACAAACAGGGGACAAAAAAUAAUUAAACUCUUCUAACAGAAACUUGAAUAAUAAUU